CCAGCGCUUCGGGGGCAAAGUGACCUUUAAUAUACGAGACGUACGUGCCGGCGUUUUAUGAUGUUAUUUCUUAGCUUGCGCUCGUUAACUGUUUAAAAGAAUGAAUGUCUGUCUGAUAGUAAUCGAUGGCUGGGGCCUUUCAGAUGAAAAGCAUGGCAAUGCCAUCGCUAAUGCAGACACCCCAGUCAUGGACGAGCUGUGCAAAGAGUCCAGCUGUGUCACGUUGGAUGCAUCGGGACUGUCUGUCGGUUUGCCCAAAGGCCUGAUGGGAAAUAGCGAGGUGGGCCACCUGAGUAUAGGUGCUGGACGUGUCUUGUACCAGAGUAUCGUCAUGAUCGACUUGGCAAUCGAGGACAAGUCCAUAAUGAACAAGCCGGCAUUUGUGGAGGCUUACACCAGAGCCAAAAAUGGCAAUGGCCGAAUUCAUCUUCUAGGCUUGGUUAGCGAUGGGGGUGUUCAUUCUCACAUUGCCCAUCUGAAGGGCUUGCUUGUUGGUCUAAAAGAGAAAGGCGUGCCCAAGACAUUCAUCCAGUUCUUCUCUGACGGACGCGACACAAGUCCCGUCAGCGGAGUAAAGUACAUUCAAGAGGUGCUGGACUACACCAAAAACAUUGGGUACGGGUCUCUGGCGACCGUUGUUGGCCGGUACUACGCCAUGGACAGGGACAAGCGCUACGAGCGGAAUAAGAUCGCCUACGAGGGGCUGGUGCAAGGAAUUGGUGAAAAGGCGACUCCCAACGAUAUCGUCCAGGUUGUUCAGAAUCAUUACGAUGCUCCUGAGGAGGAGAGAGUCACAGACGAGUUCCUCAAGCCCAUAAUCGUGGAUCCGGACGGUCGCAUCAGGGAUGGCGACACGCUCAUCUUCAUUGACUUCCGCGCUGACCGCAUGCGGCAGAUCGUGGAGGCAGUCGGUCUGAAGCCCCAGUUUGAGACGGCGCAGAUCCCCAAAGACCUGGGUGUGUUCUGCAUGACAGAGUACAAGGCAGAAUUUCCUUUCCCCGUCAUCUUCCCGCCGGAAGAGCCAGUGAACGUUCUAGCUGAGUGGUUAGCCCAUCGCAAGGUCCUACAGUUCCACUGUGCAGAAACUGAAAAAUACGCCCACGUGACAUUCUUCUUCAACGGUGGACGGGAGAUGCAGUUUGAAGGGGAAGAUAGGUGCCUGGUGCCCUCACCCAAGGUCGCGACCUAUGACCUCCAGCCAGAGAUGAGCUGCCAGGGUGUGGCAGAUAAGAUGGUGGAGACAAUCAAGUCUAAGAAAUAUCCAUUCCUGAUGUGCAACUUUGCGCCACCUGACAUGGUAGGACACACUGGCGUCUACGAGGCUGCUGUCAAAGCGUGCACAGCCACAGACAAAGCUAUUGGGGACAUGAAGAAAGCCUGCGAGGAAAACGACUAUGUCUUACUGAUCACUGCCGACCACGGAAAUGCAGAGGUCAUGAUCGACGGCCAGGGCAAUCCGGUGACCAAACACACCACCAAGAGAGUUCCUUUCUGCAUGCACGGCGGCACCUGCAAGUUCAAGCAGAACAUCACCCACAAUGCUGCUCUGCCCGACGUGGCACCAACCGUGCUGGAGCUGAUGGGCCAACCCAUCCCACCCGAGAUGACAGGAAAGUCGCUCCUGGAAUGAUCACCAAAAUGUGGUAGCUAAUUCUAUUUUAGCAAAAUCCUUGAUAUCCAAUGAAAUAGUGGUGCAUAUUUAAAUCUCCCUCAUAGGACACCAUCUUCACAGGAAAAUUACAAGUGCAUAUUCAACGCCAUCAUGCGCAUGUCUGCACAGUGUGCGCGCAUGUGUUGAUCCGAAUAGCCUCGAAAUACGGAGCAGCUAAUUCGCAUCACAGAAAUUUCAUAUCCAAAAUACCAGUGCAUAUGGUAAUCUGUAGGAAGUGGUGUCGUUUGAGAGAGACUAGGAGCGACUGACUGCCAAGACUAAUGAGAGGUUUAACCUGUUUGGGGUUGGUUUCCCUGCAUGUGCUCUGCAGUGUUUGAUGAGUCAAUUUCUAUACUAAACACUACAACCAAUUAUAACUUAACUUCCAAAGUACUGAUGUACAUAACAUUAUCACACUUGAGAUGCUAGCUGCAAGUCAUAACUUAUAAAUGAAUAAAUAAAUGUUGGCUCUCGGGCCAAUACAUUGUUAACUACGAUGAGGCAUUGGGUCAAUGUUUAAAGAGAAAUGUCUUUUAAAGCCAGGGUUGUAGCUAUGCUGGCCGGCUCCGGCCUGUGCUAGGCACCACUCAACAUUACGGGCCAGCACUGGAGAUGAAAAUGAAGCUUGCUGGCCAGCACAAAUUUCAAUGUAUACUGCAUUGUUGCAAUUUCUUUGUGUUGAGAGAGAAAAAUGGGCUGUUUUUUUUUUAAAUGUCAAAAACAGCCAGCACUAAAAAAUUACAUGCUACAACCCUGUUUAACGCCAGUUUUUAGAGCCAGUCCACAAUUCAGAGAUGAUGCUCUUAAUUUCAAUUUUGGGUUUGUCACUCCCUGAGGUAAUGUUGUAAUCCGCUUCAAGCUGAAGUGUACCCCAAAUUGGCAAAAGAAAAACAGGUGGUUACAAGCAGUUCUUGCACGCGUUCUGCAUGUGCACAAAGACCAUACAAGCCAAAAUAAAAUAGUUACGCAUACUUGGCAUGCUCCGCGUCAAACGCGCAUAUACUUGCUCGCCUCAUAACGCGCCUAUGCCAUGGGUACCAAAAAAAAUGCCCUCUUUUGUUCGGCUCGGAGCGGAUAAAGGCUCGGUGCUUUUCAAGAGCUUUUGAAUUUACUCAUGUGACCCUUCAACUCUUUCUUACCACCAAGCUUCUGGCGUUAGCUUGCAUUAGGCAACCUGUGAUCACCCCAUAUUGAAAAUAUUGGUUUUGCUCCAAUAGUCCUACUCUGACAGGUUGGCUGACUUACAAACUUGUAUUUGUUGAAUCGUAUUUGGAAGUUUCAAUCUGCAAGGUUGGUAACAAGUGUUAUGGAGUGUUGAACAUGUGCGAUGAUUGGUGUGAUAGUGUCAAAAUGGCCUUUCUGUUGCAGCAAAUUCUGUGCUUAAAUUUAAUCAGGAUCGUGGCAAAACAUCAAGGGAUACUCUCAAAACUGAUUGUGCAAUGUUUGGUUAAUCACCAAUGUGCUUGCUAAAACGUUUUCUCCGCUUAGAAAAGAAUCCUCUUCCACCUGCAUGAGCUUGCAUUUGACAGGUUGUUUCAAAGAUCCUACUUCAAGAAUGCAUUGCCGCUAAUUUAUAAUGGCUUGAGUGAGAAACACUGUCCUUAUAAAUGGAGAAAAAUGAAUUAAUCUUUCAGUGUGUAAAAGUGUGCUUUCCUGGGAAUACAGUUUAAGAUUGUAAUUAUUUUCUUUGAGAGAAGUGAAGCUAAUUUUAUGCACCUUUAUCUGUGAUUCACUGAAAUAGUUAUACUUACCACAAGUGAAGUUUAGUGUAAACUCAGAUUUGACUGGCCGUGAAAAUUUUUUCUUCACCGUCACAAGCAACUAUAGACCGCAGACUUAACACACGUUGCAAUACUUACUGUAUUGCCUGAACCCUCUUGAUAAAAGCCUUACUUCAAUGCUGUGUGCAGGGUUGAAGAUAAGUCCACCCUAAUUAGAAGCAAACAUCCUCCUGCCAACUAAGUGAUCAUAUUACAAGACAUGCUUCAUAGUACAUGAUAAAGUCAAGCUGUGCACAGUGGUUUGAAAGUGGGUGAUACUAACCCGUGGUACACCUGCUCUAAUUGGUCCUCUUGUUUGUGCACUUUACCACACUGGCCAAUGGUUUUGGGCACUUGAUGUAUUUUGAGAUUAUCAGGAUAAUAGGCUGAAUCACGCAAGCAAAGCGUCUGCAUUCUCCAUCAAGUGAGUGGUUUCAUCUGCAGAUGUGUGUGUUCCUGAAAAAAGGGAAAUUUGUCAAAUGUAGUAAGUUCUGAUUGAUCAAACCAGUACAGUUGACACUGAUGUCCAUAUUGGCUGUCUGUUGUUUGAGACUCCUAUGUUGUACGAUAAGGUAGCAUAUUUACCAAGUAUUGUUGGGUUAAUUUAUCAUUAAGUUUUAGGAAUUGUUUGCCAGAUACAAACAGUGUCUUUAUUGACCUAAUAAAAAUUGCAACUGGAAAAGGAGUAACUUUAUAUCAGAACUAGAAAGAAGUGUCUAUUAAAUGAUAUGUGGAAUGUU